CUGAUAAUGUUAUAUGUGACUGUUAAAUAGGCUAUCAGUAGGUACAGUACGGAAAUAAUGACUCUCACAGCAAUAUUUCUUCUGGCUUUGACGUUCGAAGGCUGUGUUUCUGACUGGACCUGGGUAAACGAUUAUGACAAAAGGUUUCGCUUUGAAUGCCCCAAUGGCCAGUACCUGACAGGGAUUCAAAGUCCAUUCAGUGAUUAUCAUCAUGACCGGAAGUUCAAUCUCCGAUGUAGCCCCAACUCGUCUCUCCUGCAUUCAUCCUGCGCUUGGACAGGUUACGUGAAUGAGAUGGACAAACCUCUAGUGUUUCAAUGUCCCCGGGGUGGAAUCAUUGACGGAAUAGAAAGCUAUCACGACAAUUAUUUUGAAGAUAGAAAAUUCAGAUUUAAAUGUUGUGAUGUUCCGCUGAUGUGCGUGUAUAACUGCAAAUACACCGGGUGGCUGAAUGGAUUUGGAGGAUACUUCAGUUACUUGGUUCCAGCAAACCAAUUCAUCAGAGGAGUUGUUAGUUUUCACAAUAAUACGUCCGAUGACAGGAAGUUUGAUUUCGAGAUAUGUUCCCUAAGCUACGAUUGUAGUCAUCAUUUAACUAAGGCACCUACCACAACCACCUCUACAACCACCACCACCACAACAGAAAACCCACACCUGUUUCCAAUAGUAACCGAGGAACAGCAAAACCCGUUGCACAUCAUCGGCCGGAGACAACAAAUAAAAACUUAAAAUCAUGUGAAUUUUACCUUUUAUUAAAACAAUAAACACCUUUUUCCAUCUUA